AUGGCCUUCAUUGCAGCUCUGGGGCUCAUGAUGGCAGGGAUCUGCCCUGCUGUCACCUGCUGCACAGAUGGGCAACUGGGAAGGCACACUGCUGUCCAGAAAGACAGAGACCAUGAAACACAACUGGACAGUGUCACACUGGCCUCCAUCAACACUGACUUUGCCUUCAGCCUCUACAAGAAGCUGACUUCGAAGUAUCCAAAUGAAAAUGUUGUCUUCUCCCCACUUAGCAUCUCAGCUGCCUUGGCCUCCUCAUCUCUGGGAGCAAAGGGCAAAACCCUGGAAAAGAUUCUAGAAGGUCUCAAGUUCAAUGUCACAGAGACCCCUGAGGCAGACAUUCAUCAGCCAGAGGACCAGGUACAGAUCAAUGCAGACAAUGCCCUGUUUAUUGAUAAGCACCUGCGGGUCCUGACAGAGUUCAAGGAGAAGGCAAAGGCUCUGUACCACACUGAGGCCUUCCCAGCCAACUUCCAGCAGCCUCGUGAGGCCACAAAGCUCAUCAAUGACUAUGUGAGGAAACAGACCCAGGGGAAGAUCAAGGAACUGGCCUCAGACCUGCAUAGGAACACAUCCAUGGUACUAGUGAAUUUCCUCAACUUUCAAGGCUUUUGGAACGUGACUUUUGACCCUGAAGACAUGGUCCUGGGAAAUUUCACACUGGGCAGGAAGAGGACUGUGAACGUGCCCAUGAUGAAAACCGAGGAGCUGACCACAAACUACUUCCGGGACAAGGAGAUGAAAAGCACUGUGUUGGAGCUGGAUUACCUAGGCAACGUCAGCUUCCUGCUCAUCCUACCUGACCUGGGCAGGAUACAGCAGGUGGACGAUAACUUACAACCCCAGUCUCUGAGGAAAUGGAGGAAAUCUCUGAGGCCCAGAAUGCUAGAUGAACUCUCCCUGCCCAAAUUCUCCUUAUCCCAAGACUACAACCUAGAAGAUGUCCUUCCAAAGCUGGGUAUCGGGGAAGUCUUCUCCACACAGGCUGACCUGUCUGGUAUCACAGGUGCCAAGAAGAUAAUAAUCUCUGAGAUGAUCCACCAGGCUGUGCUGCAGAUGGCUGAGACACACACAGAAGCAGAUGUCACCACAAUAGCCCAAUAUAACUUCCAAUCUGCAAAAAUUAACCCUAAAAUUCUUAGGGUUGACAGGCAAUUCUUGUACCUUAUUUUAGACCCAAUGUCUGCCAUUUUUAGCUUCAUGAGCAAGGUUGACAACCCUUGGUCAAGAGUGGGCUUUAUCACUUCAAGGAUACGAACUCCCGCCUCCUUCAAAGGCAAGAGCCGCUGCACAGGGCAAGUGCUAUUUGUAGAAUCAUCACAAAAUGGGAGUGCAAGGUGUGGCACUGGAUUCAGAGGCCAGGUUGGGCUUCCCUUUGUCUGGCAUCCUAAAGGUCAGAGGCAUCUUCAUGCUGCGGUUUGGGAAAAGGGAGUCCUGGCCAUUCUGGCUCAGCACAGGGACAAGAAAGUGCGGGAUUUGAUGUGCAGUGAUGGGGACAGGUUCCCUGUGUCUCUUCCCCAGAAGCUGCAGCUUCUGAUCAGCUUCGGAGAUUGUUAG